AUGGCCAAUCUUACGCUCUGCGCUGUCCCAUCUAGCUCGUCGAUCGUGACAGCAAUUGUCCGUUACCGCGACUCGAAAUGCUCUCUCGACCUGACCGCCCUAGGUUACAAGCUCUUCGGUAGAGAUGGUAAAGUCAUCCGCAUGACGCAGCUAUUGCCGGAUUCAUGGAUGCUGCUAGGAUACCAGUAUAACGAUGGUGCGCCAGGCCCAUGCACCUACGGAAGCUUGAAUGCGGGCUGGAUAAGCAGUUCCUACAGUGAUGCUGCCAAUGAUGAAACGGUCCACUUAGACUACGACUCGGAAGAAGUAGGCGAGAAUAAAGAGGAAGGCUUAGAAAAGUACAACCAAAGAACGCACAGGCCAUGGCUACAGUCAGACGAAGCGCGGUUACUCUCAUUAAAGGAUAACCAGGGUAUGGAAUGGAAAGAGAUAUGUAAACGCUUCCCAGAUCGGUCUCCGGGCGCAGUAAAAUUACGCUACUACACUUUGCACAAGAAAGGCUUAUCAGGCUAUCGUGAUCAUCUUUGA